AUGCUCUCUCUCACACUGCCACUGCCUUCAUCUCCAACCAGUCCGACAGCGAGUGCGUCAGACACAUCGCCCAUACGAUCGAAGCACCGCCACGGCGCCAAUGGACCAACUUGUCCCGCCGACUAUGAGAGCUUGCGUAUGAAGAAGAAGCACUACGCCAAGACGUUCCGUGAUAACGAGAAGCAUUACUUCGAAGAGCUUCGCCGCCGAUUGUUCCCCACCGACCCAAAUGUGCGCCGCGCUGAGUGUCUGGAGCGCGCCGUUGCCGCUUUGGACGAGCUGGAGGCGUACAGGGCGCGCGGAGAUCAGCGGGAUGCGGCAAUUGAGGGGUUGAGGCAGGAGUUGGCGCGUGCGAAGCAGCAUACGCGCGAGCUUGAGCAGGUUAUUGCUCAGCCGCAGACUGGGCUGGAGUUGGACACGUCGCAGGCGUUCAGCUCUCGUUACGACUGGUUAUAA